GACCGACGGGAUCCUCAUAGUAAAUUGUUGGCUAGUCCUACACGACACGUCAUAAAAAAUUAAAAACUUUUAGUGCUGCACAUUGACCCAAAGUAUAUCCGUGAUCAUAAAACAAUAUUUGUUUGUCAUUUACAACCGAAGUCAUUCAGUUGGACCAUGGCUAUGAUGGAAGGUGUUCAUUGGGAGGGGCUGUUGGAACAAACAAGAGAUGAUGUUGGCGAGUAGACUGGCUAAUCAUCGUAUCGCCUUGUUUUUCCGCCGAAGCAUGUGAUAUCAUAUGCGGAUGCUUCUGCGACUUGUUUACCGGCUAUACGUAUAUAUUUUUAUAUCUCGCAUAGCUAGAAAUUGUUGUGGGGAGGACAACCAGUGAAUAAGACAAGGUAUGUGAACCCACUGUGAUUUACACGAUUUUUGUAGCUGCACAGUCCCAUUCUGGAUGUUACUGCAGCAGGGUACCAAUCGACUGCUACGUUUGGCACUUCCAACAUCCCGGGGCCAGGAAAUGUGAGCAGUUACGCAGACUUCCAUCUGCCACGAUAAUCGGAGAAUAUCCCACAAAGGGCAACGCAUUUCAACACGACUACAAGGAAAGAUUCUUAUGGCGAUUUAAUGAAAGUGAAAGUGAAAUUUGGUUACAAAGAACUGGUAGAGGGGUAAGUUGUGGAGCUUUCAUUGGGUGUUGCAGUGUGGAGGUUGGAAGGAGGUCGAUGGUGGGGCGGGGGUGGUGGGUGUGUAAACCCCGCUUCGGGAAGCGGGGGGGCAGGUUUGGUUUCCUUCCUGUCAUUUGUGUUGUGAUAGCAAGUGCAGCCUUGUUAGCGCUGUUGUUUGUGGACUCUAUCGAGUCAUGGGCCAUGAAAAUGAACACAGUGGUGGAGGCUCAGGGAGGUAUCAUACCUCCUCAAAGUGUGCCCCCGACUAGGCCCGAAGAAUAUCUGCUCAUGCCCAGCCCUCUGGUCUGUCAACGCGCCAAACCGUACCUCAUGGUCAUGGUCACCUCUGCACCAGCUAAUCAGAGGGCUCGCCAGGCCAUUCGAGACACCUGGGGUGGGGAGGUGGAGGUCAAGCGCCUGCGAGUCAUGACCCUUUUCAUGGUGGGAGUGGCCUCUGACCCUGGACUCUCCAAGCUGUUGAUAGAAGAGGCCCGUGAGCGAGGAGACCUGAUCCAGGGACGCUUUGUGGACAGCUACUCUAACCUAACCCUGAAGACUCUCUCCAUGCUGGGAUGGGCCCGCCGCUUCUGCCCUCAGGCACACUUCACGGCCAAAGUGGAUGAUGAUGUACUCUUCAAUCCAAGCGCCCUCCUGCACUUCCUGAACAGGAGCCGUAACCCCUAUGAGCAAGGGGACUUGUACCUGGGCAGGGUGCAUCUUCACGUGGCCCCAGACCGUGACCCAUACAGUAGGCACUACCUCCCCGCAGGAGCCUACCCUCCCUCUGUCUUCCCAGACUACUGCAGCGGUACAGCCUAUGUCAUGUCCCGCUCUGCUUUGCUCAAGAUCUCCUUGGCGGCAGCCGCCUCACCCCUGUCUACCCCUCUGCCUCCCGAGGAUGUAUUUGUGGGACUUUGUGCCCGUACUGCUGGGGUGCUGCCCUCCCAUUGCCCUCUCUUCUCUGGCGGCCCUUCAGUGCCGUAUGGGCGCUGCUGCUACCAGGCCAUGGUGUCCAUCCACCACAUCCCACCCAGAGAGAUGCUCCGCUACUGGGCCGACGUCCACUCUCCACCUCCUUGUUCCUGGUUGGGCGUACGCACAUCCCUGGGGGUCUGUAAAGUCAGGGCCUUGCUGGGAACUGCUUUAGGGAUGGAUCAGGGUUUGUAAUGGUGUGUUGGGAUAAACCAGCGUGCUGCGUCUCACUGCAAUACUGUGAAUAGCACAAGCGCUCUGCUUCAUUAGGUAUAAGAAACCACUGUGUACUUUUUAUAGCUUGAUUUAAAGAUGUACUUGAAUUUAUUUUUUGAUGAAUGGAAAGGAUGGCAUAUUUGUUAAAGCUAAAAGAAAGGUACUUAUUUGUAACUGUUUGAUGCUCUGGUUAUGAUUGAGACCACACACACAUACUCUCGAUUGAAUCAUACUGUAGAAAAAGUAUGUUCCUAAGCUGAAAUGAAAAUGCUAAUAUACUACAGGAUAUAUGCAUGCCAUUAGUAUAAAUAAAGCCUUUUAGUUAAGGGCUUACCUUGUUUCUCGAGAGCUUAUGUCCUGUACAGUAUAUCCACUCCAACCUUUGUUUUAUUCAGAAAAUUAAUAAGUUAUUAAAAUCAUGUGCACAAUGUAAUGUUUAGAACACACACCUAAAGUAUAAGUUAUCCAUUAAAUUGCAUUGUUACUUAUCAGGCAUAGGCAAAAGCAUACUAUAAACUUAAGUUGCAGACAGUUUGGUUACACUGACAAUGCUUUACACAAGACAGCAUAAAAAUACUACCUGUACAUGAUAGCAGAGUCUCACCAAAUACAUGAACAGCUACAAUGCAGUAAGCAAGCAAAACGAUAUAACUAAAUUACUGAAGUUUGUUUCUGUCUUUUCAAAACAUUACACUCUUCAUCCAAAAGGUAUAAAUUGUGUUGACUAACUUUCCAUGUAAGUAAAUAGUUCUGUUUAUUUAAAAUGUAUGAAAGGAAAGAUCAAGUGGAUCAGAAAAAGGGGCUCCUAGGUGGCUAUUUAGUUGUGUGAAGAACAGUGGGAGAGACCAAAGAUUUUUGAAUACUAAGAAGGAAUAGACAAACUGUCAACUCGUUUUCUAAAGCUGGAGGUUAUUCAGCUCUCCACCACCCAGAUGGAGCAGCAACAUUGUUCAGAUAAGAUAGAGAGCCAGGGGCACCCUGAACAGCAGCAGUAUUUGUAUCCAUGCUCUUUUAACUUACGUAACUGUAGUGUUAAGCAAGUAGGCUGCAAGUAAUGGACAGGAACUGCAUAGAUUUUCUGGUCUGUUCUUUGACCAUGGGUUUGGUGGUUUGACUUUUGUCAGCCAUUGGCAGAAAGGGGGGUUCACUACUGCUGCAGAGGGGAAAGGCCUUAGGGCAGGGGUGUCGAAUCCUUGUCCUUAGCGGCCGCUGUCCUGUAUGUUUUAGAUGUUUCCCUGCUCCAACACACCUGAUUAAAAUGAAUGGUCGUUAUCAGGCUUCCACAGAGCUUGAUAACGACCCAUUCAUUUGAGUUAAUUUGCCUUAGGGGGUACACUGGAUCACACAACCUGACACAAAGAAUAUUCCAUGGUGAAUUAGAAAUGUGUAAUUUCAGUUCAAA